AUUUCUGUAUUUUUAAAGUAUUUUUAUUAUUUUUAAAAUCAAUUAAUUAUUUUAAACUAUAGAACCACUAGUUUAUGUGAAAUUACUAAAACUGUGUUGAAAAAUGUCGUAUGGCGUUGGAACUGUUUUUUUACCUAUCGUAAGGCGUGUUUUGUUUACAUCUAUCGCACUGGAAAUCGGUUACAUUACUUACGAUUGUGUUCUCAAACCCGCAGCUAAAUCAAUAAAUCGCGCUCUCUUCCCACCUCCGCCAAAAAAGCCUAAAACUUAAGAUGAGGUAUAAAUUGAGGAAUUUAUGUCAUGUUUUGCACCAAUCUACACAUUAUUCUAGUUUUACACAGAAUAAUACUACCAUUUCAAACCUUAUAACGCAGUUUAAUACUUUUAAACCAUUAUUACAUCAUUAUCCAAUUACUCCAAAACAUGCUCAAAUGUUUAGAGAAGAGAAGAAGAAUAUCAAAGAAAGUAUGACUGGAUUGAUGAAUCAAUUGGAAGAAUUGGAAUUGGAAACUUUAUAUCAAAUUCUAAACAAUUGUCUUAACAUUUCACACAAAUUAAUUCACCCAGCAUUCAAUCAGAAGCUCAUAAAAGUUAUUAGUAAUCAUAUUCUAAAAGCUGAAUCUAAUGGAAAUGUGUUAAACAACGGGUUAAAUGAAAAGGAUGUAUUAUUAGCACUAUUUAGAUCAUUUUCCAACUCAAAAUUGAGAUUAUGUGAGGAGUUAAGGGUUAAUUUUGAUGGAUUAUAUCAUUUAUUAAAUAAACAUCUGAGCCAUUACAGUAUUGAACAGCUUAUUGAUUUGUUAAUUGGUCUUAGUAACAUUUAUGUUAAGACUAGUUUGGAGGGAAUCAAACCACUAAAUCAGAAGAUAAUUUAUUUGUUAUGUGAUAAAAUUGAUAAAUCCGCCUCUAAACCUUCGGUUUACACAUUUAUUCAAGUUGUUAAAUCAAUCUCAAAAUCAAACCUAACCCAUUUAAUUAAACGCAUUUCCCCUUAUAUUCAUCCUAGCACUACUAAUCUCUUUGACACUGUUAGUGAAGGUAGGGAUGAUGAGUUGGAUAAUAGUGAAGAUAAGAUGAGGUUCGAGUAUAAGUACAUCAAGUUGAAUACACACUUGCUAACAAUAUUAUUACAAAGCAAUUAUAUCGACAUUCCACUGUUUAAUUCCAUAAUAAACUCUAUAAAUGUGUUUUUAUUGAAGUAUUAUAAGGAUACUUCAAUCAAUCCUUUGAAUACUGAUAAUUCUAUAAACCACUAUAAUGUAGAGAAUAAGUUCGUGAAUAAUUUGCUAUACCCACAGUGUACUAACAAACUAUUUAAACUCCCUCAAAUCCAAGUUGAAAAUAACAAUGAUCGUAUGAAAAGUUUAGAUUACAUACUAUCGUCAAGUGUGAAUAAAUUGAUGAUAAAGGGGAAAUUGGCAUUUGUUAGGGGUUUAAAGUUGUGUGAAAUGUAUUUUACCACACUAUACCCACAUGAGUAUGGACAACUCAGUAACGACCUAUCGUAUCUAAAACUACUAAACUACACCAAUGAUAAGGAAUAUCUAAUCACUAGUAAUUUAUUGGAGAAGAAUGGAAAGCUGAUAGAAUCACAGUUAGGAACUGCUAAAGGGUUAAUUAUUGUUAGGGUCGGUGUUUAUUACAUAGUUGCACUUGAUCCUGAGGGUAAAUUAUACAUUGAAUUGGUUCGUAAAGGGAAUAAAAUCACAAAACAACUAGAGUUUAAACGCCAAUUUUUACACUCAAAUGGCUGGAAACCCGUUUUUAUCCACUAUAAUUAAUUUUCUACGCACCAUA